AUGACUGACAACACGGAUUUUCAAUGGAUUUUAGAUAUAAUUUUAGGCAGUUUUGCCAUUGUGUGUAUUGUAGUUUUUCUAGUAUUACUCGUAUCACCAAUUAUUGUUCUACCAUUAUAUAUCAGUGUUUUUCGAGCAAAUCGAGAACGUGAUCGAGAGUUACUUACCAGUGAUGGGAGAAAACGCAUUUUCCCGAAAUACGGAAAACGGAAACGGAAACGGAAAGGGGAGUUUUUUCCGCGGAAAACGGAAACGGAAUCGUUAAUUUUUUUCCCGCGGAAACGGAAACGGAAAAAAAUCUCUAAAAACCGGUCGGAAAACGGAAAACGGAAACGGAAGUUCCUCCCAUCACUGUUACUUACACAGAUUUUCAGCCGCAUUAUCCACAUUUAUCCAUUCACAAGAAUCAUAAGAGUGACUAAUGGAAUUAUCGUGAUAUUGGUAUUUCAUUUGGUUUACACUCAUCACAUUCUACUAUCUGUUCUGUCGAUUCAAAGAUUCUUACUGUACUUUUUUUCGAAUUUCGAGCGAUUUUUCUCUUUUAAUGACAAAACAACACGAAGAGUUAUUUAUGGAUUGCACAUUUCAUGUUUAGUUCCAUUAUUGGUAGUUUAUGGAAUCAAAUUUGAUGAAUCAGCAAAGAAUUUCGAUCUUUUAAACACAAUGGAAAUGUCAAUGAGGGUUUUUUCAACUGUUCUGAACCCGAUGAUUUUGAUAUCUUCUUUCUUAUACAUUCCAAUCUACAUUAGCAUAUUUCGUUUUCGUCAUCUUCCAUCGUUCAAAAAACAAAAACCACAUAAUUAUAUUUUGUAUCAAACCAUUCUUACUGUUAUUUUGAAAGCUACGCAAGUAGCAUUUAUCGGCGUUAUUCAAUGGGCAGAGUAUUAUGACGAUACUGUAGCAAUGGAGGCAACAUUAUUCGAUGCGAUAAUUAGUCCAUUAUUAAUUCAAAUUUCGUAUCUUUUCUGCAAUCGACGGAAUGUUAAAGCAAUAAGAGAAGGAAUGACAUUUAAUUAUUUAUGGUCAAAAAUUAAAUAUGAACACCGAGGGAAUCGAGUUGGAGUUGCUGGGCAUUCGACGACUAAUUGA